CGCGCUCUUGCUCUGGCUCAACCACCAUGGCCACCCAAGUACAGGUCCCUGAGCACAAGCUAUUGGAAAGUCCCAAUUCUCGGACUAUUGAAGUGAAUGGUUGGGUGAUUACGGCGACGACUAACCCGAUCGCAAGUGCUGCCGAUGCCGACGCCCUCCAGGCCUCCGUGGGCUUCCCUUUGCCAGAGAUGACCUUCAGCCGCAACUCGCUCGAGCUGGUGCAUCGCCCAUCAGGCUGGAAGUACUCCUUCAACACGCAGGAUGCACUCAGGGCUGUGAAGAACGGGGAACUUGGUGAAGGGGACGGCGGCGUCAAGGUUGGUUACGCUGAUGCGUGGCUCAAGAGUCGCACAGGCCCUUCGUCUGAACUCCCCAUGCCCGAGACCUCGCCCACGAAGCCGUAUGACUGGACAUACACCACCACAUACGCAGGGCAGGCUGGUGGUCCUGAGGCAUCCGCAUCUUGGAUUGAAGCGGACAAGGAAAACAAAUCGCACGUCAUUCCCAUUCAAGAGCUCAUGCGGCCAGACCCCAUCUUGUUCUAUGCGGAGAUCCCUCUAUUCGAGGAUGAACUGCACGAUAAUGGUUCUUCAAACCUGCUUGUGCGCAUCCGCGUGAUGCCGACAUGCGUAUUCAUCCUGUCUCGUUUCACGCUUCGGGUUGAUGGUGUGCUGUUCCGCACUUACGAUACUCGACUCUAUCACUCGUUCAGCUCCUCGCCUCCAACCAUAUUGAGAGAGUCAAGCGGAUGGGAGGCGCCCUAUGAUCGCGUUAAGAGGCUUCUGCCCAAGAGGAACGACCUUAUGCCUCUCACAGAUCCGACUUGGAUAGCCAAGACGCUGUCAGAGAUGCCCUUGGACGUCUCGCAAGGCUCCGGUGCAGGAACACAAUGGCGCGGUCUCGGGACGCACGUCGAUGUGAUCAAACUCAGCGAAUCAUGAGAUGUAACCCGUGAAACGCAGAUCAACGAACCAGCAUGGAUCUGCUGCUCGACUGUCCGAGUUUCGCUCCUGUACGAUACUCUAGAAGCAAAUAAACUGCACUGUACUGCUAUAAAGCAUGCAUCGAGGAAAGACCCCAAAUAGCAUCAUGACUCAUGAGAUAUGAGGACGCCG